GCCGCGCGCGUGGCGGUCGAGAGCGGAAGUGGGGCUGUGUGCAUGAUCUGAGCUCUACAGUUUACCCACGAGCAAGUACAUCGUUGAGAUGGGCUUUAUAACAGUUUGGACUCGUUCGCCUGUAGUCAGCUAUAGGUCAACUCUGUGCUCGAAGGGAACAAUUUUUAUUGGGCUGUGCAGUCUUCUGACGUUUGUUCCCCCCCUGCUCAUCGCGUACAGGAGCCACGGAUUUUGGUUGAAAGUUGAUGCCUAUCGUGAACAGCCUGACAUUCAUUUCAAGCAUAAUGUCAUGGUCAUUGUUGACACUAAUCAUCCAGACAAUUAUUUGAUAUGGUCCACCUUCCCUUCCCUCAAUGCGAUGGUGAGGGAAAAUGUUCGAGCGCCAAUUGUCUCAAGCUUUGAAGAUGACGUGAACCGUGAUGGAAAAAAUGACGACCUCCACUUUGAUUUGGAGUUUCCCCUGUUAGAUGGUGAACAUGUGCAUGGAAUCAAGCUGCUGCUUGGAUUUGAUUUCAAGCUGUACACAAUGGUGAGACUUCACAUGGACUGCCUGGCAUAUGUGGCCUCCUCUUCAGCCAUACCAAGUGGCAAGUUAACAGUGCUUGGCGAUUUGAAGUUCCAUCAGAGAGAGCCUCUCAAGCACAGGGGGCGCAAUGAUCUGUACAAUCAAGACAUCAUAAUUGCUGACAGUCUGGAACCAGAAGAUUAUGAUAUUGGUGCUAUCCUGGGCCGAUAUGCUGCAAGGAAUUUAACCACCCAUCUUGAUAACCAGUACUUUAUCUGGUCACCAAAUGGAGCAUCUUCUUCAGCUUUCCUGCUCAGGCUCCAUCUCAAAUACCCUGAGCAAACAAUUAUGUAUACUCCUGGUGUUUGGCAAGUGUUGAAAAUGGCGUGGGUUCAGUACCUGGCCAUUUUGGUAGUGUUUGCUAUGAUCAUUGCUAAAGUGAAGGAGUAUGUGUUCACUAAUCAGCUUGUUCCAACAUGGAAUGAGCUUUCUAAUGUUCCCAAGAAGUACCUGUAGAAAACUCUUCUCACAUGGUUUGUGAAAAAGACUGUGAUUCUGCACCACUGUCAUUAGUUUUGCCUUGUGUUUAAGUCCGCCUUGUAUAAGAAUUGAAUGGCAGUCAUCUCUUGCAAUGUUUAGGAUGACACUUAACAAAUGUUUAACAAGGAAAUAUGUAAUAAAUGCCCACAUCUCAAGUGAAAAAUGGCCAGUUUAAAUGUGCAAGGGUAAUCAUGAGGUAUAGUUCAGCUUUUUGGUGUGGUUUGUAAUUCUUUCACCUGUUUUGCCUUUGGUAGUAGGAUACUUGAGUUCCUGUCAGUCACUUAUCAGUAAGUGGGAUCAGUGCCACAAUGAUGGGCAUAUGUGAUCCAAGGUGAUAUUUUGUCUCAGUUGUGUCUAGUGAAGACAAUCCUUGUUUUCUUUGCCAGCAGUUUGCUAGAAUUAUUAGCGAGUUAUUGAUUACCUAGUGUGUCAUCAUGCUGUUUUAGUUCUUACCAUACCAUAAUGAAUGCUGCCUACAUUUUUCAUCAGUGUGGUGAUGACUCAUCAUUGUGUAUUGUGCAUGCUGCGCACAAAUACAUUUUUGAUUUUGG